AUGGAUGAAGAUGCAACAGCUGAUGAUUUUACCACUAAAGGUCAACCACCUGCUGAUGGGGAAGAAGUUGAUAAACCUAGUGAUGAGGAUUUAACAGGCUUUGAUGAUGAUUUAACUGAAGAUGCGCUGCAAAGUCUAAAGAAUGCUACUAAUCAGACUCAUACUAUAACAAAUUUAACACGCUAUGACCCUGAGAAGCAAAAGGAGUAUCUGCAAUCGGAAUGGUGGUAUGAUUUGAGGCAUUUCGCGAACGACAACACAUAUUUAAGAACGUGUUACUAUUUGGCAACUACUUAUCGCAACGCCAUGACAGACUUACGAAAGUAUUACCACAUUCGCUACUUAUACUACGACAACUUAGAAUAUGAAGUGGGCUAUGUCACCCAUGAAAUAAUAUUCAAAUACCAAAUCGUCUUGGAGCUAUUCCAUCUGAUGCAGAGGAAAUUUGAGUUCAACCAGGACCGGCACACCGCCCCUAUUACUUAUAUGCUGUAUAUUUACACCAACAUACUAUAUCAGAGUACAGAUAUAAUUCACUUGUGUAAUAUGAUGCACGAAAUCGAAGCUAAAUAUAAGAAUUAUAAGAGUAGAGGUGUUUUUGCUGAUGAUGUGCCUGAUAAAGAUUCCGUCGGUAACCGAACAGAAAUGGAAAAAGAGAGAGCAAUAGCAGCUUACCAGAAGAAAUUGGCGGCAAUAGAGAGGAAGGUAAGAAAAGAACAGAAGAAGAGAAUGAAGAUGAUUAAGCAAGGGAAGAUAUUCUCACCCACGAUACGCACUACCAGGACUUAUAAAAAGAUGUGGGACUUGCACUACGGGUGGUCUAUUGAGACGUGGUAAAAUGUAGAAUGGAGUUUCAGGAGUUUUCGUCUGUAUCAACAGUGUUUAUUUAUUAAUUUUUAUAAUGAUUUCUU